AUGCCGCCCCAGAGGACAGUAAAGACAACUUACAGGCAGCCAGGACAGUCUACCCGCUAUUCAGCGACAUACGACCCAUCACAGGAAUACAUCGAUGAUGAAGACUCCGAGAUAGGCCAGUUGAUCAAAGCCGAUCCUUAUUGGCGCUACGUAUUGAAAACUGGGAGUUACUUAAGAUGGAUGUUGACCGCCGAGAAAGCCUGCAAGGGCGUUGACGACGACCACAUCGUGCGAAGGGGCUUAAUUCAGUGGAACAAUCAAGCUGGAUAUAGCGCCACGAUUCCUCCAUCGGACGAUGUUCCCCCCUACGCCACGGGGAAGAAUGCGCCUUCGUUGUUAAAGAAGCUGGUCGUCUCAGUCCCGUCGCCCGAGCGCUUCAAAACUGCUGGAGGAAAACCUAUCUGGAUCUGUGGAUCCGACAUCAUCGGUCUCUUCCAUAUGCAGCGACACCAAUUGAACCGUUUCGGCGUGAAAGACAUUCAAGAAUACCGCGACUCUGAUAAACGGUUCUGGAAAUUGAGGUACUCGCUUGAACAAGUGUGGGAGGUCGCGAAGCGUACGCCUAAAUGCCCGCUCGAUCAAACGCCUGAUGAGGCUGUCGAUCGGUACCUCCUUAAGGUCCAGAAAUGCGGAAAUGGUGGAAUUGGAUCUCUUCGUAUCGUCUGCGAGCACAAAGACUGUCAAGAGAUGCGAACUGGUGGGCCCAGCGAGGCGGGGCAGAAGUUUUGGGUGGAUAUGUAUAAGGAUAUGUUUUAG